AUGGUCCUGUUUUUCACUUCCACAGCUGUUGAGCCGCCUGCUACGCUCUACAUGGGUAGAGACAAGGUGGAAAAUGAGGAACUUAUCAAGUAUGCGUGGCCACAAGAUGUUUGGUUUCACGUAGAUAAAUUGUCCUCGGCACACGUAUACCUUCGCAUGCCCGGUGGAAUGCAGUGGGAAAAGAUCCCGGAACCCUUGCUCGUGGACUGCGCGCAACUUGUCAAGGCGAACUCGAUAGAGGGGAACAAAAAGGACAACCUGACGAUCAUAUACACACCUGCAGAUAACCUGAAGAAAACUGGUGAUAUGGCUGUAGGACAAGUAUCCUUCCAUAAUGACAAGCGGGUGAAGAGAGUUUACGUGGUGAAACGUGAUAACGCUAUCGUCAACCGACUAAACAAGACGAAGGUCGAGAAGCAGGUCGACCACGAGCAAGAGCGUAUCGAGCGUAUCAAAAAGGAGAACGCUAUUCGUAGGGCGGCUGCUGCCGCGAAGAAAAAGGCGGAUGCGGAGCUUGCGCGAGCCAGGGAAGCGGAAAAAGCCGCGCGCUCGUACGACUCCCUUUUCACUGGUGAGGAUGAAGAGGAAUUCAAUAGUGCACCGAAGAAGAGUGUCAGAGAGGCGGAAGAAGAUUUUAUGUAGCUAUAUCGACGGUGGCGUCUCUUGCAAUUGGACUAAUUUGUACAAAUCGCGAACAGAUACCAUUGCGCUGGUAUGACUCGAGAGGCAUUGAGUUCAGGC